AUGACCAGUGGGAUUCCGAAGGGAUCAGUGUCGAGACCACAAGGGUUUACAACAUAUAUUAAUGACUUGAAGGAAUGCAUUGAAUGUGCUGUAGCCAAGUUUACAGAUGACGAAGAGAAGAAACGAAAACGUGAAAAAGAACAUUUGGACAGCGAGGCUGAUGCUGAUGAGUUUGAUCCAGGAAAAAGGAUUGAAGUUGAACCCCCAACAGAUCGACCAGUCCGAUCAUGCAGAACAAAAGAACAAGUGGAAAGUGAGAAUACACCUCUGCAGCAGCUAUUGGAGCAUUUUUUGCGCCAGUUACAAAGAAAAGAUCCUCAUGGAUUUUUCGCGUUCCCUGUUACGGAUAGCAUUGCACCUGGUUAUUCUAUGAUAAUCAAACAUCCAAUGGAUUUCAGCACUAUGAAAGAUAAAAUCCUAGCAAAUGAAUACAACUCCAUUACAGAAUUUAAGGGUGAUUUCAAACUAAUGUGCGAUAAUGCAAUGACUUACAACCGGCCUGAAACAGUGUACUACAAGGCAGCAAAGAAGCUACUUCAUACAGGAUUUAAAAUGAUGAGUAAAGAACGUCUGUUAGCUUUGAAGCGCAGCAUGACAUUCAUGCAGGAGAUCGAUUUUUCUCAGCAGGCAGCACUGUUAGGGGAUGAAGAUAUAGCACAAGAGGAAACUGUUGCAGAAGUUACUGUGGCACCUGUCGAAACAACAACCAAGAAGUCGAAGAAACAAAUUAAAGAAGUCAUAAGUUACUUUAAUGAGCCAGAAGGGAAUGCAUGCAGCUCAACAGACAGUACAGCUGAAGAACAUGUCCUGGCCUUGGUGGAACAUGCAGCAGACGAAGCUCGAGACAGAAUUAGCAGAAACGCAGCCAAUAGCAAGAUCGGCUAUCUCAAAAAGGAGGGUGAUGGGCCUCUGCUCUUUGCUGUUGUAAACCAGUCAGAUCCAGAAACUGAAGAGGAAGAGGUUCACCAAGUCGAUCUAAGUUCCCUUACAACUAAACUCCAACCAGGUAUUAAUACUAUGGGAUUUAAAGAUGAUAGAAGGAAUAAAGCUUUAUCAGUUACUUACCUGAACUGUGUGUACACAGCACAGUCCAUAGAAAACAAUACCAUCUUCCCUAACCUUACCCCAGAGGAGACUGAGCUGCUGUAUUCCACAUAUGGAGAAGAGACUGGGGUGCAGUGUGCCUUAAGUUUACAAGAAUUUGUUAAAGACUGUGGAAGCUCCACAAAGAAAUUGGUGGAUGAUUUGUUGAAUCGGAUCACUGCGGGAGAACAUUCCAAAGCUGUUUAUCAUUUAUCACAGAAAAGAAAUGUUGAACAAAAAGCAAGUAAAAAUAUUGAUAUGAGCCUUGAAGUUCAGGCGCCAGCAAUUUUCAUUAAAGAGGAACCUAAACUGCAGCCUGCCUGUCCAGAAGCAUCUAAACCAUUAAUGGCUGGAGGGGCAAAUGGUGGUGCAGGUGAUAACCGUCCUGGCUUGGAUUUCAUCCCUGUGAAGUCCUAUUCGGAUGUCUCCUUGGAUAUUUCUUUAUUGAACUCACUAGGGAAAGUAGUGAAGAAGGAACCUGAUCACGAUGAUAACCAGAGAAAUCUGGAUGAGACCACCAAGUUGCUGCAGGACUUGCAUGAGGCUCAGACAGAACGUGUUGGUUCCCGACCUUCCUCAAACCUCAGCUCAAUCUCCAGUAACUCCGACCGUGAGCAGCAUCACCUAGGGAGUCCUCCUCACCUGAGUGUUGGUGAACAGGGAGACCUGGUUCAAGACUUCCACGAAUUUCUUCAGUCUCCAAGUAAUGCAGCUGCAGGCAGCCUGAACCGGAGUAGUGAAAAUUCCUAAUAUGUAUAUACCGUGGUAAAAGUAGGCCAUCCUGUUAAGCAGAAGAACAGAUUCUUCCUUUUUACUUACAGACCUGAGCAUGUGAAAGAGACCUUCCAAUAGCUUCCAAGUAUAAGAUGGACAUUUUCUAAUUUCAGUCUGCUGCAACUUAGGAAGUCUCCAGUUCUCCGUUCAGUGUGCAUUGAACGAACAGAAGUUAUUGGAUCAUGCAACAUAUUGUCCAAUCUGUACAUAAUCCACAAGUGUUUAUGCUAUGUGACUUGAGAAAUUUUCCCUUGGUUUUGUCAGGUAGGUGUAUUGUAGCAGUUUUCAAAGUCUGUACAGUUUUUAAAACUAGCUUUGUAUGUUGAAUUCUUCAGUCUUAAUCUUGUUCACAAUUGUCAAUAGUGUGCAUUUUUGAGCAUCUGUUCACCUUUUCAAAAACUUUGUUGAAUCUUGAUACUUCAAUGGGACAAAGUCACUUAAUGAUGAAUUCCACUCCAGUCUGGACCAGCAUUAAGUCAGCUGAGAAAAGAUACAACAAACCUCAAAAAGGUUCCAUGAACACAAAAAUAAAGGACAGUGAAUGCUGGAAAUCUGAAAUUUAAAGCAUAAAAUGAGGGAGAGGCUCAGCAGGUCAGUUGGCUUUUUUAGAAAAGACAGUGGACCUUUUGAAGUUGAGUACCCUUUCAUCAAGUGGCUCCUUGACAAGGAUUCUGAUUUCCUCCUCUUUAACAGAUAACAGGGCUGAGAUAUCAAGAUUUGUACAUGCCUUACAAAGAUAAAUGAGAUGGUGACCACCAACUUGGUUUGCUGUGGCUUUAGCAUUAAGUUGAAUGGCAACUUAUUUAAACACAUCUGUAAUAAGAUUUUUAAAAAGUUUUUCAGUAGACUUAUCGAAUCUGGCUAACAAAAUAUUUCUAACGGGUGAUCCUGACUGAAGCUGUUGAAAUUGUGAUAGACUUAUCAAAUAUGUGAUUUGGUUAGGAGAAUUUACACGUGCUUUUUUGUUUACUACAGGUGUCUCUGUCUUGGUAUUGAUUGACUGCUGCUCUCUUUUAUUUUUAGCAUUUGCCAACUUGGCCAUUUGAGGCCUGACCUUUUUAUUUUGGGGGUCUCUACAUUUAUUAUUUAGUGACGAGGUUAUCCAAAGUCUACAGAUUGGGUCACUGACCCAAAGAGCAAAGCUCUAUAGCAACCUCUCCAAUUCUAUCAUUCGUUUUCCUCCAUUUAAAUUAGGUAGCCUUUUACAAACCUACUCUGACCACUGCCAGGUUCUAAGAAUGUUUGUUUGUUUCUGUUACACUCUCUCAAAGCUUAUCUAUCCCUGGCAUAGCACUUGAUUUCACUCUAUCAAUGUCCUAUAGUUGAACAAACUGCAUUACUUCAGGAGGUUUACUGAACACAGUAUUGAUCGUCUUAAUGAUUCAAGACAAUUCACACUGAAACCAACAUGACGUUGACAUGUCAAUGUGUCAUAGUGUGGACUGUACUAAUUCAUUGCUUUUCUUUGUUCACAACACCAGUAUUUCACUACUGCUCUGUGUACACAAAAUUCUUUACAAACACCAUCCAAGCUUAGAUAUGCUGAAAUGUGACUUGGUAAGUUUCAUAGUUCAAGUGAACAAAAUAUCACAUGCCCUCCAUCAUAGUUUCUGACAAUGUGGAAACAACAUGUUUAUAAGAAAUGGUUUCUACUUGAUAAAUAUUUAUAAAUUAUAAUUUGUAGAAAAAAUGCCUUUGUAAACUGUAUAUUGUGAAUUUUAAUUUUUUUAAUUGGAAUAAUAUUUGAAGAAGAGUCACUGAUUAUAAAACCAUUGCAAAGAAAGAAAAAGUCACGUGGCAAAACAUUAAAUUUUCAUAAACUUUUAGUCAGCCUAGCUUGGUUAUGACCAAACUAUUGUUUUCUUUCUAUUUUGGAAAUUUAAUUCCAUGCUGUUCAUGAAUCCUCAAGCACUAUGCACUACCAAGUUCUCCUCUAAACCAGCAUCUACACUCUGGGGAUUACUAUUCAAAAGAAACUGAACUGGUUCACCGUACAAAUACUAUCUAUAAAAGUAAAUCCAAGGCUGGGAAUGUGCAUCAAAUAACCGAAAUCCUGAUUCCCGAAAAUUUGUCACCAUCUACAAAGCCCAAGUCAGGAGCAUGAUGGAAUGUUGCCCACAAGCCUGGACAAGUGUAGCUCCAACUGCUCAGGAGAAGCUUGACAUUAUCUGGGAUAAAUAUCUGGGAUAAAGUAGCCAUGAUUGACGUGCACCACCUUCACUACUCACUGUCUCCACCUACUGCACAGUAGUAACAGUGUAUACCAUAUACAUAUACAAUGCAACAACUCGCCAAGGAUCCUUCAACAGCACCUUCUGAAUGCCAAAUCUCUACCUUUAUAGAAUAACUAUCAGUAAAUACAUGGGAAAAUCUACCACCUGCAAGUUAUUUUUCCCCAAACCAUCCCAUCCUGGUUUGGAACUAUAUCAAGUGUCGCUGGGUCAAAUUCCUGUAACUCUGGUGUACUUAACUGCAGGCUGUAGUGCUUCAAGCAGGCAACUCUCCACCACUUUCUCCAAGUCAAUUAGGGAUGGGUAACAAAUGCUGACUUAGCCAGCAAUACCUAUAACCUGUUGGGGAGAGGGGGGUGGUGGGGGGCGGGGAGGAAAUGUGACUCGUUUUAACUACUGUUCUGUGCCAUAGCAAACUAUUUUAUCUGUAAUUCAGCUUGGGUUUUGGCAUGCCAGCUAAAUUACUUCUGUAAAUGUUCAGUUCCACAAAGUAAACUUUUAAAAAUAAUGCAGUUCUAAGACUGUAAUUACUGGGAUUACUUGAAACCCAAUUGCUGUUCAUGAAAUUUGGUGCAAAAAUUUCAAUGUUCACUUUUUUUUUGUAAAAGUGCCUUUUCAGUUUUCAUGUAGAAUUUUUAGAAUGAAAUAUUAUCAAUCCAGAUUUGUUUAAAAACAUGUAAAACCUGUAACUGUUUCCUUUUUUCUUUUAAGUAUGGAUAUGAAGUGAAGCAUCCCAAUUGUAAUUUUUGAAAUAUUUUGUCUUGGUGGAGCUAGCAACAGGGCUUUAUAUACACUAUCAACUGAAUACAUUAUGUAACACUUUUUUAAGUAAGCUUAGCUCAGCACUACCAUUUAAUUGGUGAUUUCUAGAUUGGAAUGUAGGGUUUGCGCCAUACGCAAAGACCUAAGCACGUAAACUAGGCUGACACUUCAUUGUGGUAGCAAGGGAGUGUUGCACUGCCCGAGAUAUCAUCAUUGACAUGAGACAUUAAACCAAGGUUCUGUUUGUUGUUAAGAUCCAUGGUGCUUUACCUGUUUAGUUUCAAACCUUUCUGGCCUACAUUUACCCCUCAAUGAAUGCCACUAAAGCAAAUCAGUUAAUCAUUUAUUUCUGAGCUUUGUAGGAUCUCAGGGCAUACUUGUAUGCAUUGGUGCAUUUCCUAUACUUCAAAACUAGUUCCUUGGCUGUGAACUACUUUGGGGAAUCCUGGAGAUGUAAAUGAUACUGGUAUAUAUGUAAGUUUUUGUACGAUGCACAAAGAUCAUGACUAAUUUUUCAGUUGUAUUAUGUGUUGCCGAAGAAAGCUAACAUUUUCACUUGAUUGGUUACCUCCCUGCCUCGGUGCUUUCUUGCAACAGGAUGUGGUUAAAAUGUUUUGCUCCAUUUUGAAAUGCAGCACCAUAUGAAUUCCACAUUUUUGAGGAAGGAGUUUAGUCAGCAAGUAUCUGAAUGUCUCUAAUUUGCACUGCUGUUUGUGUAUCUGAAAGAAUGGUAAUAGUAUUUUUUAAAAGUUGUAAUAAGGGACUAAACUGUGACUGUGCUAGUAUUUUUUUUUUCUGUUGAAAUCAUGUUUCUUCUGUAUUAACUACACAACUAAAUGUAUAAAAAGCCAGUUACCAUCCACAUUUUCUUUGUGGUGUUCAUCACCAAGCGUUCCCAAGUAAUUUUAAGGCAAGAGCAAAAUUCCAAGGAAUGCAGCAGAUUAUUUACUCCAGUCCUUAAAUUUGCACCUAAGCAUACCAGAAGACUAUUGUUUUCUUUCUAUUUUGGAAACUUAAUUCCGUGCCAUUCAUGAAUCCUCAAGCACCAUGCGUCACCAAGUUCUCCCUGAAACCAGCAUCUACAUUCUGGGAAUUACUUUUAAAAAGAAACUGAACUGGUUCACCAUACAAAUACCAUCUACAAGAGUAAAUCAGAAUACCAGAAACAGUACUUGCCUCUAAAACGGAAGGUUGUGGAUUCACAUUCAGUCCAGAGAUUUGAAAACAUACUCAAGGGCUGAUAUGGCAGAGGAGUACUAUGAGUGUUGUAUUGUCUGAGUUGCCGUGUUUUUAGUUUGAGACAUUUAAGCCGUAUCCCUAAUUGCCCUGUCGAUUAGACAUUAGAUCCCAUAGAUCCCAUGGCACAAUUUCAAAGGAAAACUGAAGACGUAUCUUUUGUGUCCUAGCCAACGUUACUUCUAACUUAGCUGAGAGAUAAGAGAUGAUAUGGUCAUCAGGUUCCCAUUUGUGUGAGUCAAUACAGGGUGGAGCAGGAGGUCCUGACCCAAACUGUUGACUUUCCUGCUCCCCUGAUGCUGCCUGACCUGUUGUGUUCCUUCAGUUCCACACUGUAUUGACUCUGACUCCAGCAUCUGCAGUUCUUGUCUCCUAUUUGUGUGACCUUGCUGUUUACACAUUGGCUGCUGUGACAAUGCUCAAAAGUACGUAACCAGCACUUGUAGACAUCCUGAAGUCAUGCAAUGGUCUUUCUAAUUGCAAAUCUGCCUGUCAGAAGGGAAUUGAGGGAUAUGGAUCCUGAAAGCGAAGACAGUUUUAGUAUGGAAGGGCAAAAUAUGUCGGUGCAGGCUUGGAAGGCCAAAAGGCCUGUUCCUGUGCUGUGUUGUUCUUCUUUUUAGUCUUCCUUUUUCCUUUGUUCCUGUGACUUUUACCACUUAGAGGGGUAAAAGCCACAGAUGAACAUGAACAUCACCUUGUAAUUUCCUGUCCAAGCCCCACACAAUACUGACAGCAAUACACUGCUGUUCUUUCAUUGUCAAGGAUCAAAACCCUGGAACUUCAUUCCCAGUAGCAGUAUGGAUGGAUGGAUUUACACCCGAAAGACUGUAGCAGUCAAGAAGGCAGCUUACUGUUACCUUAUCAAGUUUAGCUCGGGAUGGGCAAUAAAUGCUGACCUAAACAGCAACAGCUAUAUACCAUGAAUGAAUAAUUUGAAAACAGUAACCUCUGUAAUGAUCAUUUCCAGUCUUUCAAACCUUCAGCUUAAUUUGAGCAUUGUAGUGGGCAACCUGGAACAUAUUUUAGUUGCUGCAUAAAAUUGAUUUUGGAAUUGCCUCUGAUUUUAUUUAUACUGAGGAAGAUAAAUGUAUUUAUAUAAUGCUUUUCACAACCACUAGAUACCGAAAAAUGCAUUACAGCCAAUGAGCUACUUUUGAAGUGUAGUCACUGUUGUAAUUUAGAAAACAUAACAGUCAAUCUGCAUAGUGAAUGGCCACAAAUGGAAAUGUGAUAAUGACUGUUUUUUGAGGUGCUGAUUGAAGGAUAAAUCCUGACAAGGGAUGACUUCCAUUCGUUUUCGAAAUAGUGCCAAUGGGAAUUUUGCAUCUAACCAAGCGGGCAGACGGGGCCUUGAUUUAACAUCUUAUCUGAAAGCAAAAGCAUUUUUCUAAAUUACUUCAAAUUCCCACCCGGAAUUCAUGCCUGCUGUUCAUUGAUCCAAACUUUGAGAUUAGGAUCCUCGGUCACAUUAAACCAUUCUUAAAAAUGCAUUGAAAUUAGGAUCACCAUACUUAGUCAGUGACAAGUGAUGCAAUGAGUAUUUCUUUGAAGAUGGGUUGCUGGACUUGAAAUGUUAACUUUGACUUCUCUCCACAGAUUUUGCCAGACCUGCUGAGUUCUGCUGCAAUUUCUGUUCUUGUUUUGAGUUUUUUUUUCAGUCAGGUUCUAGCUCAUAGUUUGCGAGGCAUAUUUUAAAUGUAACUGUGAUGCAGUGGCAGUGUCCCUUUCUAUGAACCGGGAGCCCUGAGUUUAAGUCCUUCUGUUCCACAGGUGUAUAUAAUGUCUCUGAACAGGUUGAUCCGAAAAUAUCUAUCACAACUGGAACAGUAAAAUGCAAAUCUGUAGUAGUUAUGCUUAUGCUUCAGAAGGCACUGGUUAGACUUUGAUCGUUUUUGCUGAAAAACUAUACUUUAUACUUGAAAGUGCAUAGAAAGAGAAACAGGAUAGAUAGUAUUGGUAUUGAAGAUUCAAGUGUCAGCACUUAAUAAAAGGCUGUAAAAGCAGGAUUCUCAUCAAAGCUUAAGAAAGCUUAAAUAGUAGCGAUAAUGUAAAUCUACACAAAGCAACCAAUAAAGUACAUGAUCUAAGCAGAAAUAAAUGUAAAAUUUAGAAUUGAUGUGAGCUAAAAUAGAUUUAAGGAUGAAUUGUUUGUGGUAACUGACC